AUGUUAGCUCCACGUGGUCGUCGUACAUACUGUUUGAUUGUCUUUGCAUCAUUAUCAGCUGUCGUUAACUUUCCGGAAGGUUAUGCUAACUCAUAUCCCAAUACAUCAAUACAAUCAUUUCGUCGUAUGAUUAAUCAAUCACAUAUAGCUAAAGGAUCUGAGUCAGGAAUAUCUGAUUCUGCAUUUACAUGGCUAUGGUCGGCAAUUCUGAAUAUUUGGUUUUUUGGAUAUUUGAUUGGAACAUUCGUAACUCCGUAUUACACGGAAAACUUUGGUCGAAAACCAACUUUACUAUUCGCUAAUGUGGUGGCUUUAAUUGGUUCUAUUAUCUCAAUGAUCAGUGUGAUUAUCCAAGUGCCUGAGCUGUUCUUAGUCUCACGGAUUGUCGCUUCAAUCAGUUCUGGAAUAUCAUUUGGUGCUCUCAUCUUAUUUUUACAAGAAGCAACUCCAACUGAUUAUCGUGGAAUGACAUCAUUCCUCUCGGAGACAUGUUUCAUUGGCUCAACUGUUCUUGGAAUUCUAUUUGGUAUGGAUAUUGUAUUUGGAACAAAUCUGCCAGCAUUAACAGGAUUUUCGUGUAUCCCAGCAGCCAUAGCCAUAAUAAUGACGAUACCAUUAAAGGAAACUCCCAAAUUUCUUUUGCUCAAGAAGAAAGAUAGAAAAGGAGCUCUGGAAGCAUUGGAGUAUUAUCAAGGUAGUAAGUCAUCGAAUGAGCAAAUGCUCAAUGAGAUGUUAUUGGAGAACAAAGAUGAGAAAGCAUCUGAAACUAUCUUUACAAGCAUUGUUACCGUAUUUCGUGAGAGUCAUCUGCGUACACCAUUCUUGUGCGGCUGCCUUUGUCUCCAAGUUGUUGUUGGGAUUUGGCCGAUAAUCUACUUAUCGACUGACUUCCUCGAAACAAGUUUCUCAGACGACGCAUCACAAUGGGCUUCAUUGGCAUUUAUUCUUUCAAAUUUCAUGGCCGGAAUCGCUGGAAUGGGAAUUAUUGAAAGAUUUGGACGUCGUCAAAUGGUUCUUGUACUUGGCUUGGCAAAUACUCUUUCACUUACAUUUUAUGUUUUGUUUGAUUGUCUAACAGAUCAAAUGCCAGAAUUUCGAUGGGGAUCUUUAGGCUCAUUAAUUCUAUUUGGAAUUACCUAUGGAAUUGGCUUGGGACCGAUUGCUUUCUUCAUUACAUCUGAGAUGGUUGCUCAGAAGUAUCGUUCGUUAGUACAGUCAAUGGUGUUUGCUGUCAAUACAGUUUCCAACUUCAUAUUCUCAUUUGUAACUCUUCCAGCAUAUACGGUUUAUAAGUCAGUAUCAUUCAUUCCAUUGUUCAUAAUUCCUUCAUGUCUUUCACUCAUAUACUUAUAUUUCAAAAUGCCUGAAACGAUGGGACGGGAAGUUCACGAAGUAGUAGAUGAGCUCAUAUCGAAAUCAAAAACCUCCAAGAACGAGUCAGCUAUCCGCAAUCGCUUCUAUGGUACCCUAGCUGACAAGACAAGUAACAGUUUGCAGAAAGUUUUAUAA